AUGGAUCGAAGAUUAUUUGCUGUUUUGGCGAUAACCGCCCAUUUAUGUAGUAUAGCUUUGGCUGACGGACCCGUUUACGAUGGACAAGGCAACCCAAUCAACCCUUCGCCCGCUGGCAACUUCCUCACUCAAACUGUUUACGGUUUUUUGGACUUCACCACAACUAUUGGCAACACAGUCAUGGUCUUCUCACCCCAGUCUGCACCACCACCAGAACCACCGAAAACCGAAAAAUCUGUUCAAGAAAACAUUAUCGAAACAAAACCACCUCCACCAUCAGUCACCAGUAUAAAGCCUGAAGCGAUUAAACCAAGCAAAAUUUCCGAUAAAGAUAAAACUAACAAGCCCGCCGCCCCAGCAGUAGUAUCUAGUGCUGUCUCAGUUGUAUCAUCACCACCGAAAAAGGACAAUAAAUCUCCGAAUGUACCUAAAUCUGUCGCAAAAGAGCAAAAACAAAUCAUAACGAAAGUAGAAGUGGUCGCUGGUCCGUCCAAAAUCGUCGAAAGCAGCUCUCCUAAGCAAUCAUCCCAAAAAUCAAACAAACAGAACUCACAAUCGAACAAUAAAAAUAAGAAAAACGAUGGCGUGAAAUCUGUCACCAAUGUUGUAAGCAGUAAAGUUGAAGUAAAACAAGGACCUCCUCCAUCGAUAGUAAGUCCCAAAGUCAGUAGCGUCGUUGCAGUUAAAUCUAGCAAACCUGAGGAAGAGCCCGCCAUCUUGAUUACGAACAAUAACAUCGGUGAACCUGAAUAUGACUUUUUAUCACGUCAACCCUCUGAAUUUGUUGAAGAAACAUACAAAGUUAUUAACAUACGACCCUCAAAAGCACCUGGUCAAAAACACAAGCACGGGCAUAAGAAUAGGCAUCAACCGACUCCACCUCCAGAAGAUGACGAUGACCAUCCCCUCGGCUUAGUAACAACGCUCGGAGGUACGAUUGUUAAAGACGGCUUAACGACAGUUCAUGAAACUAGCGUCAUUGGUACUUUUAUAUCUGGUAAAUACGCUCAGGUACUGAACAGCAAUUCAAAAGUGCUACCACAAGCUGGGCAUAGGGGAAAGAUAUCUCCUACUCCUACUCAUCGAAUUUUGAAGACAGUUGGACCUUCGAUAUCCAAAAAUCAUAGGCAACAUUUGGAACCGACGCCAUCCAUUAAUGAUGAUGAUAGCAAUUAUGGAAAAACGACACGACGUCAAAAUAAUGGUGGAGGAAACUUUAAAAACCGUCACAGAGUUCAAAACAACAAUGCAGAAACUGAAAGUCACAGCAGCCCACCUCCAGCCCAGAGCAAAAAAUUCAAAAACAGAAACAAUAAUUCACAACGGACACAAAGUGAAACAGCGACUCCAUCAUUUUCCAACAGAAGAAAAAGCAACCGUAACUCUGGACAUAAGACGACUGUGUCAGCCUCGAGCAACAACGACAGCCAAUCGAAACGAGGAUUCAAACCUCGGGUUCAGCCCACACCCGUUGAGCAAGUGACCCCAGCACCUUCUACCAGUUCACAGAGUGGCCCCGGUACUCUCCUUGAAAGUGACACUGAGGACAACUCUAUUGAAAAACCGCCGCCAGUGGAGACAUUGAAAGUUGAAAUUUCUACUCCCGCUGAUUUCCGAGAUGUUUAUUACGAAAUUGCUACUAUCAAGUCUCCUUACACCUUCCAGGUUGGACGUGUCAAAAACACUCGGAUAAUUACAGUAACUUCUACAAUUGAAAAGCGUAUAGAACCCACGCAGGCAAUCAACUCGCAAAGUUCUCUCAACGAACCGUUGACAGAAAACAUAUUAGCGACAGCAUCUCCUUAUGAAAAGGACCAUAAUCUCUUAGACUCAAGUAUAGCUACUCUACCCGCGAUAACAUUAUCUUCAGACAUGGAAACACCGCCGCUAGAAACUGUUACUGAAACAUUCAGCACAACUCAGCACAUGUUGAAAACUCAUAUUUUACCCGUAGUGAAAGACGUAAACUUGACUAGUAGCUUAACUUUCAUUCAAACUUAUGAAGUUACUCGAUUCGUAACUGCAACUAAAACGUUACCUCCUAUGGACUUCUUCCAAUUUAUACCGAGCAAAACUCUUAAAGAAUUUAACAGUCGUCUGGAUGAAGCUGGUUCCGAAUUACAUUUGGAGUUAGACUUUGGUGAUAGCAAUGAAGACGAAGAUGGAGUUCCAAGACGCGUAUUCCCGCCAGACCUUGAUCUCGCUAAUAUUGGAUCAGACUUUGACCUUACUGAAGUAGACAAAUACAGAAUGCAUGAAAAUCAUUUGAGACUUAAGAAAGCUCAUGGUCAAAACAAAGGUAACCAUGUGACUGAAUCACCCAACCCACCCACUCCUGCAUUGACUCCAGAACAGGCACAACAGCUUGCUCUCUUGAGACUCCUGAAUCCAGCAGCGGCUGCUCAAAUUCCUGAUGUUGUCACCACAUCUAAACCUAUAAUCAAGUACGAAACUAUUUAUGAAUCUCACGUUAUUCCAGUGUAUGAUGGCAAGACGACAGUUCAAAGUACUAUUUCUAGGCCUAUAGCUACUAUAACCAAAACAGAAUACGAAAUCGGAACCAGCAGUUUACCAGCGCUGCCUUUACAAACACUCAACCCACUGUUCCCGCAGCAAUUCUCGGUAAUUUCAACGCCAGUCGUGGUGAACACAGAGGUUACAGCUACCAAUAGUCAAGUAUUGAAAUUAACGUUUGGUGCGAAAACGGUGUACACCACCCUAUUCACCACACAAGUUGUGCCAACCGUGUUGACGUCAUACGUGACGUCAUCGAUCGCAGUGCAACCCACUGCUGCACCGCCUGCCUACCCUGGAUUCUAUCAGCCGCCAUUCGCACCCUUCCCCUACGUAGGAUAA